GGGGUGGGGCCCGCUGCGGCCCCAGCAGAGCCGAGUGCGGGCUGCGCACGGAGCUCCCGCUCCCGCUCGGCCAGCGGCGUUUCGCUUCUCACCUCCCUCGCCCGGGCUUUGCAGCCAGCCAGAAACCGCUGCCACAGCAGAGCCUGGGCGAGCGGCCGGCAGACUCCCCGCGCCGGAGAGAGCCCAGAGUCCCCGCAGAGGCGGGCUGCGGGGAGCCCCGGAGUCCGGCGUGAGGCUCGGGGCGGCUCCCCGCCAGGAUGCGAGAGGAGUAGGAGCGGGGGCCGGGCGAGGGCAGCCCAGAAGGACUGAGCCGGUGGCCGCUGUGCGUGUCCCCGGAGAAGCUGAUUUCCCCCUUCCGCGCACGCCCCCCGUGUGGCCAGAGCAUGGGAGCCAAGCUGGAGCUGCGGCUUCUCCUCGCCAGGAGCCGGCUGCUGGGCUGAAGCCGCGGUCCGCGGGGCUCAGGCUCGCCUGCAUGGACUGUGGAUUUACGUAGUGAUUCUCUCUGAUGUGAAUGCAGCAUCUCUUGUCCCUCUGGGAUGCCGUAGGUGAUGCCUAGCUCUACUGCAAUGGCAAUUGGAGCUCUCUCUAGUUCUCUUCUUGUAACCUGCUGUCUCAUGGUUGCUCUCUGUAGCUCCACCAUACCUGUGCAAAAACUGGCCAAGGCUCCAGACAAACAGGAGAUAAAAACAAGCCAGGAAAAGAGGGAUCAUACAUCAACCAGGCCGGACAGUCAGAGUCAGACAGGCCCAGGGAAAAUGAAUGAAAUUGGAAGGAAUGGGCGGGAAGAGAGCACCAGAGAUUGGAAGAGCAAAGGAAACAGAAAUUAUUCAAACAAAGAAUCUUGGACUAAGCAAAAACAGGUUUGGAGUAGUCAGGGAACAAGCAGUAAAUCUGGGAACAUUCAAGCACAGGAGCAAAGGGAUGGUGUUCCAGAGGAACCUCAGGCUGCUGAAGAAUCAUCCCUCCCAGAAGUUGUUGCUAGUACUACUCCUGAGCCUCCGGAGGAGUAUGCCUAUCCAGACUACCGUGGGAAAGGCUGUGUGGAUGAGAGUGGCUUCGUUUACGCUAUCGGGGAGAAGUUUACUCCAGGUCCCUCUGCUUGCCCCUGCCUUUGCACUGACGAGGGACCUCUGUGCAUUCAACCUGAGUGCCCAAGACUCCAUCCACGGUGUAUUCAUGUAGACACCAGUCAGUGCUGCCCACAGUGCAAAGAGAGGAAGAACUACUGCGAGUUCAGGGGAAAGACCUACCAGACACUAGAAGAAUUCAUGGUUUCUCCAUGUGAGAAAUGCCGUUGCGAAGCUAAUGGUGAAGUGCUGUGCACAGUGUCUGCUUGUCCUCAGACUGAAUGUGUGGAUCCAGUGUACGAGCCAGAUCAGUGCUGCCCCAUCUGCAAAAAUGGCCCAAACUGCUUUGCAGAAACCACUGUCAUUCCAGCUGGCCGAGAGGUGAAGACUGAUGAAUGCACUAUAUGUCACUGUACUUACGAAGAAGGCACUUGGAGAAUUGAACGACAAGCUAUGUGCACUAGACAUGAAUGCAAACAAAUCUAGGGAAUCUACAAAUCAAAGUACUAUGAUGUUUUUAUAAAAUACUUCACUGCAGUGAAAACCUAGAUAAGCCUGGGAAAGAUUAUUCAUUGUAAUAAGAAUAUUUUUGGUGAGGAGAAAAAGAUCAUCAUACUGGUAUUUUGUUUUUCAUAGUAAUGGAAUACUGCAAGACAAAGAAAUCCAUAUACUUAAAAAAGUUUGGACAUAAAAAAUCCUGUCUUAACGUUUUAUUUUCAUGGUGAGUGCACUGAGUACACUCUAUCAAAUAGUCUAUGUAUUUAUAUAAUCCCAUUAGAGAGGUUAAAAUAAAUGUUUUAUAUAGAUACAGAUUAAAAUAUGGUACGGUCACCUGUCCUACUGUGUACAUGCA